AUGUUCACAACCCUCACGAGACGAGCAUUAUCACGUCGACCAGCCACCAUCAUCCCCAGAAAACUGUUCCACAGCACAAGCCCCAUCUUCACCUCACCGCUCGUCGACCGCGUAAACGCCGUCACAAUGGCGUCUUCAACCGGCACCCCCAAAGUAACCUCCCUAGUCGACCUCCCCUCCUCAGACGCCAAAUGGGUCAAGUUACAAAAAGCCACCUACAUCGACGCCAAAGGCAAAGAACGCAUCUGGGAAAUCGCGUCGAGGAAAACAACCGGCACCGCCGGCGUCGACGCCGUCGCAAUGGGAAACAUCAUCUACCACCCCUCCAAACCCCCCUCCACAAUCGUCGUCAUCCAAUUCAGGCCGCCCGUCAGCGGCUUCACCGUCGAAUGGCCCGCCGGCCUCAUCGACGCGUCUGAAACCCCAGAGGAAGCCGCUGUCCGUGAACUCUACGAGGAAACAGGCUACAAAGGCAAAGUCAUCAGCACGUCGCCGGCUGUAGCGGCGGACCCGGGCAUGACGAGUGCGAAUCUGUGUUUGUGCAUGGUGGAAAUUCAUCUUAAUGAGGGGGAUCCGGAGCCGGAACAGCAUCUUGAUGAGGGGGAGGAUAUUCAGAGGGUUAAUAUUCCGAUUAGUGAGUUGUAUGAUAGGUUGGAGGAGUUUGCCAGGGAGGGGUAUGUUAUUGCGGCGAAGCUGUAUCAUUGGGCGGCGGGCGCGCAGUAUGCGAUUGAUCAUCCGGAAUUGUUUGCGAAGAGUCACUCGAAGAAGGAGUGA